ACCAAAAAAAUCAAAACGUCGUGAAGAAGGUUGCUUUCCAUCUCUAUCUCUCUCUUUCUCUCUCGGUGCUUGUUGCCCAGUCGCAACUUGAAUCGUUCUACGAUCUAUAAAUCUUCUUAAUCAACGUCUUCUUUCUAAGGAUCAAGCUUCGAUCUGGCAGUCCAAAUUCAUCCUUUUCUCAUUUCACAAUGCCCAUAGUAUUUCGAUCCUUGAAGCUGUAGUUCCUGCCUUCAAUUCUGCUACAUUCAAGAAGAGGUAACUCGGACAUAGUGCUAGAGAAAUAAAGCUCGGUUGGCGAUGGGGGCAGUCCCCUCGACGCCGCGAGCCACGCGGCCUCAGGACUCGGCGGAGUACCUAAUUGGAACUUUUGUCGGCGAGAAAUCUUUCCCUCUUUCUUCCAGUUACUGGCAGAAGUUGCUCGAGCUUCCACUGAAUCUCGAGUGGCCAGCUCAUCGUGUUGACCAAGCUUGUGAUCUUCUUGCCCAUAACAACAUCUACACAAGGCACCUUGCGAAGAUUUUAAUUCAUCUGGCAUGGUCCUUGCAAGAGUGUGUUUCUACUUCUGAUGCACCGCCAUCAACUUUCUUGAAGGCUAUCAAUGCGGCUUCUCUCUCAUCUAUCUUUCUAAAGUAUAUGAUAGAAACUGCCAACAGUUGCACUUUUGAGGAAUUAUACAUGUCUCUGGAUGAGAAUGAAGCAAAGGCUGGUAAUUUCUCUCAAGAUCAUGAUAUUGCUCAUCUUGUCAUGGGUACCGUCCUUAACUAUAUUGGUAAAGUAGAUGUAAGCCCCAACACAUAUCAACUACACCAACAAUUGCUUGUCUUCUUGCUCACGGCCUUUUCAACUCAGCUUAUCUCUGGGCCAUCACCAGGUCCCAUGGAUGUUCACCCGUUUAUUGAUGCUGCAAUGUCUCAGGAAAGUACAUUGGUUGGCUUGGUGGUCCAUAAGCUACUGCUUAACUAUAUUGCUCGACCUCUCUUAACUUAUAGUAGUGCAUCAUUUAUGAUUUUUCCUGAAGGAGACCAGCCUGGUGUGCUACAGAGAGUUAGUUCUGCAGCUGCAAAUAUCAUGUUAUUGCCGUUGAAUUUCUUCAGUCGUUCAAGCAGUGAAGCUUCAAGAAGUCCACUGGCAGAUAUCAGUCAGCAUUUUUUGCUCAUUCUGAUCCAUUAUCAUAAAUGCUUGGAAGAGGAGCCAUUGAAAGACCAAAAUGAAGAAAUUGCCAUCCCACAUUUGGCCCAUAGAGAAAAUACCUACUUUUCUGAAAAUCCUUAUCGCAAGGCCUUGGAAAGUGCGAGGGACGUUGAGUUUGAUCGGACAGAUAUUGAAGGCAAUGCACAUAGUGCCCCUCUUGUCAGAUUUCCCUUUGCAUCUCUUUAUGAUGUCCUUGGGAUGUCUUUAGCUGAUGAGACUGCUAUCCUACUACUUUACUCUUUCGUGCAUGGGAAUGCAGAUUUUCUGGAAUAUGUCUUAGUGAGAACAGAUAUUGAUACCCUGUUGAUGCCCAUGUUGGAGACUUUAUAUAAUGCAUCAAAAAGAACAUCAAAUCAGAUAUACAUGGUGUUGAUUAUUCUUCUAAUACUCAGUCAAGACUCCUCUUUCAAUGCAAGCAUUCACAAACUGACAAUUUCCAGUGUUCCAUGGUAUAAAGAACGUCUCCUCCACCAAACAUCUCUCGGUUCAUUGAUGGUGAUAAUCCUCAUCAGGACUGUGAAGUACAACCUAUCCAAGAUGCGUGAUGUCUACCUGCAUACCAAUUGCCUUGCUACUUUGGCUAAUAUGGCACCUCAUGUCCAUCGAUUGAGUUCCUAUGCAUCGCAGAGGCUAGUAAGCCUAUUCGAUAUGCUAGCACGCAAGUACAACAAAUUAUCAGAUCAGAAAAUUGACAAAACUCCUAUAGAAAACGGGGAAUUGGUAGAAGAUAACCUUCCUGAAGAUACGUCAACAGAAUUGCAUAUAUUUACUGACUUCCUCAGAAUAGUUCUGGAGAUAUUGAAUUCAAUUUUGACCUACGCCCUACCGCGAAAUCCAGAGGUGGUAUACGCAAUCAUGCACAGACAAGAGGUUUUCCAGCCUUUCAAAGAUCACCCACGCUUUAAUGAGCUUCUUGAGAAUAUUUAUAACGUGUUGGAUUUCUUCAAUAGCCGCAUGGAUGCACUCACAACAGGUGGUGAAUGGUCUGUGGAGACAGUUCUCCAGGUUAUAAUUACCACCACCCGAUCCUGGCGAGGAGAAAGCAUGAGAAUAUUCACUCAGUUGCACUUUACAUAUGAGCAAGAAAGCCAUCCCGAAGAGUUUUUCAUUCCAUAUGUGUGGCAACUAGCCAUAUCAAAUGGCGCUUUCAGUUUUAAUGGCAGCAGCAUAAACUUGUUUCCAAUUGACGUUCCUGUUGACGAGCAGGAAGAAAUGAUAUACGAACGACAGAGCAGUGACUUGAACCGGCUCAGUGUUUCUGUGCAAGAAGAAGAAGUUUGAUUGAUUGUAGAAGAAGAUCCAAAAUUACGGGAUGAUGAUGAUGAUGAUGUAUAUAACAUAAAAUAGCGAAGAAAUAUAUACGGUUGUGUGUUGAUUCUUUUAAUGUGCAUAAUAUAAUGUUUUGUAGCUGGGGAGGAGGGGGCAUUUGACAUUGAUAUGAAUAUAGUUGAAGAAUCUCUGUAAUAAAUGAGAAGAGGAUGAGGAGACAUUUCGUUA